AUGUACACGAAACCUUCGAAAGGAAAAAGCAAGGAAGCUCUCGCCUUCAUCAAGAAUGUUGAUUGGAAGAGUUUUACCGGGGAAAUCAAGGAGCACAUCAGGAGGAAGCCAGGAAAUACCGCCAUGCUAGUGACCCAAUGGACCUUACUUGUUCUAUUCCCAGCUCUAAUAACCAGUCCAAUUGCCAGUCUUUUUGGUUGUAGCAAGUUAGGGCCCGUAGUCGACACUGCAGCAUCUGCGUUUGAGUCGAAAUAUGGCACGCAAGUUCUAUUCCGGAUACUCCAAAGCUACGGUAUGAAUGGAUGGGGAGUCAAGGCCGUCAACAGUGUCUUCUCAUUUGGGAGCGUCUUGGUGAAUGGAGCUGCGAGCUUGUCGAAAUCUAGUGGAAGGGAGAUACUCAAGACGCUGCUGGAAUAUGUGUAUGGGAGUGAAAGGCUGUGUUCGCAAAACCCUCGUCGCAAUGUGACGUGUUGA